GCUCCGGCGGCCGCCUCCUGCGACUCUGCCCGGCGCUGAGCUGCAGCCAUGGCGGUCGCCGCUGAGGGCGCCCGCAGGAAGGAGCGCGUCCUCUGCCUCUUUGACGUGGACGGGACCCUCACGCCCGCUCGCCAGAUGGAACAGCUAAGGCAAAGAAAGGCAAAGCCAUUUGCUCAAAAUCAUCCUACUCUUGAGGGACUUGAGCGAGAGUUUGAAACCAAGUGCAUCUAAUUUGACGUCUGGGUUCUAAACCUUAAAGUGCCUCAGAUCCAGAAAAUUGACCCUGAGGUGGCUGCCUUCCUGCAGAAACUGCGAAGCAGGGUGCAGAUCGGUGUGGUGGGUGGCUCCGACUACUCUAAGAUUGCUGAGCAGCUGGGAGACGGGGACGAAGGUAGGAGGAGAGGGCCUGAGCCAGUUCCUUGUCGGGGUGCAAAUGGAGGGAGUGAGGAGUUCAGGAGAUCCCUGGACCACUGUGCCUUCAAAGACCCAGUCCUGCUUCUGGGAUGUGGGAGGAAUAGCCAGAUGUUUCCCUUCCUGAUUCAACACACGUUUAGUGAGCUCCUACCAUGUGCCAGGCUCUGUGCCAGGCUUUGGAGAGACAGCAGGUAACGAAGCAGGCAGAAUCCUGUCCUUACAUAGUUUACAUUCUCAGUUCUCCCUGCUGAGUCUUGAUUUCCUCAUCUUCAAGUGGGCAUAAUCAAUAAUAGCUACCAUUUUUGGAAAUGACCACGCAUUAACUUCCUUUCGUUUCAUCCUCAUAACCACAUUUUAGGGUGGGCCUGAUUAUCCCAUUUAAGAGAGGAGGAUUCUGAAGUCACCCAGGAAGCUGUUUGGACCCAGAGCCCCUGUUCUCAGCUGAGUUCCUGGUCUCAGUUCAUUUGAGGCAAAUGCCUCCAGUUCUUCCAACCGGAAACUUCCAUGACUUUUCCCUUUCCCCACCCCCUUGUUCAUUCCAUCAUUGAGUCCAGAAAUAUUUCCCUUUGCAUGCAUGUCUCCAUCUCCACUGCCCCAUCACUGUCCAGGUGAUCGAGCCCUCCCACCUGGGCCCCGUACCAGCCUUCUGGCUGUGCUCCCUCCACCUCCUCACUCCCGCCCACUCCUGCCACUUGUGGCAGCCAGAGCUGAAAACUUCCGCAUGCAACCAGCCUUGAGAACGUGGUGAUGGAAGCCGUAAAACAAAACGGAAGCCCCUGUACAGAGGAGCUGAGGGAGCACAGAGCGGAAACGACACCCUCUGCCGGGGAGUCCUGGGAGGCUUCCAGAGGAGAGAGCUGGAUCGUGGAGGAGGAGUGGAGGGGGGAGCGGAGGGGAGGGGUUACAGGCAGAAGGACCUGCAUAAGCAAAGACCCAGAGGUGUGACUGGCUUGUUUGUUAGUAAAAAAUCAAAGCUGCAGAAGGAGAGGAGGCUGGAAAAGUAGGUUCAGGGUGGAACUCAUGCCUUUGAAGGCCAAACCAAGGAGAGUGGGCUUCAUCUCUCUCCUGGGCUCUGGGUACCUGGUCUCAUGCUCUUUCUUUCUCCCCUGGCUGCUACAUGGCCCUGAAGUCAUCGAGAAUUUCGAUUAUGUGUUUGCUGAGAAUGGGACGGUGCAGUAUAAGCAUGGUCGACUGCUCUCCAAGCAGACCAUCCAGAACCACCUGGGGGAGGAGCUGCUACAGGACCUCAUCAACUUCUGCCUCCGCUACAUGGCCCUGCUCAGACUGCCCAAGAAGCGCGGAACUUUCAUCGAGUUCCGGAAUGGCAUGCUGAACAUCUCGCCCAUCGGCCGGAGCUGUACCCUGGAGGAGCGAAUCGAGUUCUCCGAGCUGGACAAGAAGGAGAAGAUCCGGGAGAAGUUCGUGGAAGCCCUGGAAACAGAGUUUGCCGGCAAAGGGCUGAGGUUCUCCCGAGGAGGCAUGAUCAGCUUUGAUGUCUUCCCUGAGGGCUGGGACAAGCGCUACUGCCUGGACAGCCUAGACCAGGACAGCUUCGACACCAUCCACUUCUUUGGGAAUGAGACCAGCCCCGGUGGGAACGACUUCGAGAUCUACGCUGACCCCCGGACCGUCGGCCACAGUGUGGUCUCCCCUCAGGACACAGUACAACGAUGCCGCGAGAUCUUUUUCCCAGAGACAGCCCACGAGGCAUGACCACAGCCAUAUCGGCCCCUCAGGACUUCCAGAGAGCUCCGUCCAGGCCUAAAGAAAGCCCCUGGCCCUGGCGUUGGGCCGGGUACCCGGGCCCCAGGAUGCCUGCCUCGUGUUACCUGCUGCAAGGCCCACCUUGAUAUUCCCAGGGUCUGUGUGGACGACUACCCCCAGCCAGUCCGUCCCUCAUGGAACUGGCUCCGUCCUUCACCCCGAUGGCCCUGGCUACUGCUGCUGCUUGUAUUUCUGAACAGGACAGGGUCCUGUCUACUUGGGGAGGAGGCGUGUGCGAGUGCUGGGACGAGAUGGCGCCCGCCCUGCCUGCCGGGCCCAGAUGGGAUGCAGAGCAGUAGGGAAGGUGCAAAUGGCGAGAACUUUAUCUCACGAAUAUUAAAGUUCCCGCAACAAGGUA